CUAGAUAAACUUAAAACGACGUUGUUUUGUAGUGCAAAUAUUUGAAAAAAAAAAAACCAAAGGGAACAAAGAUUGAAAGGGGAGUACUGGUGAAAAAGGGGGCCAAAUUCAAGGGUUUUUGAGCCUUUAAACUGAAAUCCUUGUUCUUCCCCUUUACGCUUUUUUUUUUAUUUACUUUGGUGAGAGAGCAGUUACAUAACUAGUUGGGGAUCUCUUUUAUUUGAAGAAACAAAAAAUGGAGGGCAUAACAGAGGGAGUAAACAACUUGAACAUCAUGGAUUCAUCACCUUCAAACAACAACAACAAGAAGAACCGUAUUCAAGUCUCCAAUACUAAAAAACCCCUCUUUUUCUACGUUAAUCUUGCUAAGAGAUAUAUGCAGCAAUACAAUGAAGUGGAACUCUCUGCUCUUGGAAUGGCUAUUGCUACGGUAGUUACCAUUGCCGAGAUAUUGAAGAACAACGGACUGGCUGUUGAGAAAAAAAUUAUGACUUCUACCAUUGAUAUGCGAGAGGAAUCGGGGGGACGACCUGUUCAAAAAGCAAAAAUUGAAAUACUUCUGGCAAAAUCGGAGAAAUUCGAUGAGUUGAUGGCAGCUGCUGCGGCCGAGGAUGCUUUGGAAAACGAGGAGCAAAGCUAAGAUUGUUACUUUAAUCCUUUUUAACAGUUGUUUUUUCCUUGGUUUUGACUGUAAUGGGACCAGGUAUGGAUGAUAAUUUUAAAUUUUUUUUAGGAACUUUUUUGUAAAAAUACUGCUGGGGGCUCCUCUUUGUUAUUCAAAAUUAAUAUUUGUUGCUAA